AUGCUCCACGUCACCACGACGCAGGGCAGGGGGAGCCUGCGGGGCCCUGCGCGCGAUGGGGACCCAGGUGUCACCGGCUCCAGUGAAGGUGACUUCACCCGGGAAAGACACGGAGCCGCCUCCGUCCCGGCUGGCGGGAGAGCAAUUCGGAGCGAUAACGGCUACGACUACCUCUCGCUGGAGGAGAAGGAGUGCCUGAUGUUCCUGGAGGAAACCAUCGGUACAGGUGCCCAGGUGGUGUUCUCCUCCAUUCUGCCAACGAGGGGAAUGGACUCAAGGAGGAGAAGGCGGAUAUGGCAGCUUAACAACUGGCUGCGCCGCUGGACCUGGCAACAGGGUUUCGGCUUCUACGACCGUGGGUCUCUGUUUGAUGACCAACAGCUAGUGGGGAACGAUGAUCCCAUUUCCAGCGUCCUGCACGGGUCCAGGUUUCUGACGGGCGAGGUCGGAGGCUCCCUCACUCACCAGUGCUUCUACCCCAUCACUCCGGCCAACAAAUACGAGAGAAAAUACUGGUGCAAGGUGGCGCCGGGCGGCGCGUGCAACACCGUGGUGUCCAGCAGCGGCUACGUGUCCGUGUGCCGGUGGAGGGCCGGGCGCUGCCGGCGGCUCGUGGACACCGGCGGCUUCGUGCACGGCUCCUACGAGGGCCGCGUGCGCGUCGCCGGCAGCGACGCGGAGCAGGGCCCCUUCACCGUGGUGCUGCGCGACCUGAGCGAGGACGACGCGGGCUGGUACUGGUGCGGCGCCCGCAGCGGCCUCGCCGAGCACACGGCCUCCGUGAAGCUGCACGUGCAGAGGGGAGCCCGCUCUUCACAAGGCCCAGAGACGUCCGCCGUCACGGAGCCUACGUCCCCAGCGCCAGCCGCAUACAGCACUGCCACACAGAGCGGUGUCACCAGCCAGACGUGCACGGAGGUGGCAUCCAGGGAGGGCACAAGCGCCCUGGUGACCACGCUCCGCUCGGCCACCUCGGAGACCGCCAGAAGGGAAAUCCAUCGUGGGAGGGAGUGA